AGCGCUCCCUCAGUCGGGGACGCGCGGCAGAGGGGCGGUGGGGGAGGGGAGCGAGAGCAUCUUUCUCUCACACGCGCGGUAGCGUCGGCUCCAGCUCCUCCUUUGUUCGCCUCCACACACCCCACCUCGCCCGCUCUUAGAGAUACCGGGCCGCCCGGCUGGCGGGGGCUGGCACGCAUUGGAAUAGAUACUGACAAUUCAAAGAAAUUGCUCAUUGCCACGGUGGACAACUGCUAUGAGUUAACAAACAACCUGAAGUUCACAGGAAACAGAAGAAGCAAAAGCCAGCUGGUGUUUUGUACAUUAAUAGUAUUAAUAGUAGGAUGCUGCUGUGUAGGCUUCGGGAAAUUGGAAGAAAGGACUUGUGGCACCGUGUGGGCAGGGCUUGCCUUUAGCCAGUAGCUCCUAGGAAUGGUAUCAGCUGGAUACUAUCUUGAACAACAUCGUUGAAAAUGUCUACUCCUGAUCCUCCAAUGGGAGGAACGCCUCGUCCGGGGCCUUCUCCUGGGCCUGGACCUUCUCCUGGUGCUAUGCUGGGCCCCAGCCCUGGACCGUCUCCAGGUUCUGCACAUAGCAUGAUGGGCCCCAGCCCCGGGCCACCAUCAGCAGGGCACCCUAUACCACCACAAGGGCCCGGAGGUUAUUCUCAGGACAACAUGCAUCAGAUGCAUAAGCCAAUGGAUUCCAUGCAUGAGAAGGGAAUAUCUGAGGAUCCUCGUUACAGCCAAAUGAAGGGCAUGGGAAUGAGGGCUGGUGGGCACACAGGAAUGGGACCUCCUCCUAGUCCAAUGGAUCAGCAUUCUCAAGGUUACCCUUCUCCCCUUGGUGGUUCUGAACAUGCAUCGAGUCCAGUUCCAGCUAAUGGUCCUUCUUCUGGCCCCCAGAUACCCUCUGGUCCUGGAGGAGUCCCAUUAGAUGGUACUGACCCCCAAGCGCUAGGGCAGCAGAAUCGUGGCCCAACUCCUUUUAACCAGAAUCAGCUGCAUCAACUGAGGGCUCAGAUAAUGGCCUACAAGAUGCUUGCCAGAGGCCAGCCUUUACCUGACCAUCUUCACAUGGCCGUGCAGGGGAAAAGGCCAAUGCCUGGAAUGCAGCAGCAAAUGCCAACUCUACCUCCACCUUCUGUAUCUGGAACAGGACCAGUGCAAGGACCAGGGCCUGCACCUGGACCAACACCUCCGAACUACAACAGACCUCAUGGAGUGACACAAACGGUGGAGGAAGAAAAACCUUACUCUGUGUGUAUGUGUCUGUCCAAUGUAUGCACAGGUAUGGGAGGGCCUAACAUGCCCCCUCCUGGACCCUCAGGAGUUCCCCCAGGAAUGCCCGGGCAGCCCCCUGGUGGACCCCCAAAGCCCUGGCCUGAAGGACCAAUGGCAAAUGCUGCAGCCCCUACUAGCACACCUCAGAAACUGAUUCCUCCUCAGCCAACAGGCCGUCCUUCACCAGCACCUCCGGCGGUACCUCCAGCAGCAUCCCCUGUAAUGCCUCCCCAAACUCAGUCACCGGGACAACCAGCCCAACCUGCCCCAAUGGUGCAACUCCACCAGAAGCAAAACCGUAUCACUCCAAUUCAGAAACCAAGAGGACUUGACCCAGUUGAAAUCCUUCAGGAGAGGGAGUACAGACUGCAGGCUCGCAUUGCUCACAGGAUACAAGAACUUGAAAACCUUCCUGGGUCACUGGCUGGUGACUUGCGAACCAAAGCUACCAUUGAACUUAAAGCACUACGGUUGCUUAACUUCCAGAGACAGCUGCGUCAAGAAGUUGUGGUAUGCAUGAGAAGAGAUACUGCUCUGGAAACAGCACUGAAUGCCAAGGCAUACAAACGUAGCAAACGGCAGUCCCUGCGGGAAGCUCGCAUCACUGAGAAGCUGGAGAAACAGCAGAAGAUUGAACAAGAACGAAAACGCCGGCAAAAACAUCAGGAGUACCUCAAUAGCAUUCUUCAGCAUGCCAAGGAUUUUAAAGAAUACCACCGAUCUGUCACAGGGAAGAUUCAAAAACUUACAAAGGCUGUGGCCACUUACCAUGCCAAUACUGAGCGUGAGCAAAAGAAAGAGAAUGAGAGAAUUGAGAAGGAGAGAAUGCGCAGGUUGAUGGCUGAAGAUGAAGAAGGGUACCGUAAGCUAAUUGAUCAAAAGAAAGAUAAGCGCUUAGCCUACCUGCUUCAGCAAACAGAUGAAUAUGUGGCCAACCUCACAGAGCUGGUGAGACAGCACAAGGCUGCCCAAGUUGCAAAGGAGAAAAAGAAGAAGAAGAAAAAGAAGAAGGCUGAAACUGCAGAAGGACAGACACCGGCAAUUGGACCAGAUGGUGAACCUUUGGAUGAAACCAGCCAAAUGAGUGACCUACCUGUCAAAGUGAUCCAUGUAGAAAGUGGGAAAAUUCUUACUGGCACGGAUGCACCAAAAGCAGGACAACUAGAUACUUGGUUAGAAAUGAAUCCUGGAUAUGAAGUAGCACCAAGAUCUGACAGUGAAGAAAGCGGAUCCGAAGAGGAAGAAGAGGAGGAGGAAGAGGAACAACCACCGCCUUCUCAGUCCGCUUUACCUGUGGAAGAGAAGAAGAAAAUUCCAGAUCCAGAUAGCGAUGAUGUAUCUGAAGUGGAUGCAAGGCACAUUAUUGAGAAUGCAAAGCAAGAUGUUGAUGACGAGUAUGGAGUGUCUCAAGCCCUGGCAAGGGGGUUACAGUCUUACUACGCUGUGGCUCAUGCAGUCACUGAAAGGGUGGACAAACAGUCCACUCUCAUGGUGAAUGGUGUCCUCAAGCAGUAUCAGAUUAAAGGUUUAGAGUGGCUAGUAUCCUUGUACAAUAAUAAUCUAAAUGGAAUCCUGGCAGAUGAAAUGGGUCUGGGUAAGACAAUCCAGACCAUUGCUUUAAUUACAUACCUCAUGGAGCACAAACGUAUCAAUGGACCGUUCCUCAUUAUAGUACCUCUGUCAACUCUCUCAAACUGGGCAUAUGAAUUUGAUAAGUGGGCUCCUUCUGUGGUUAAAGUCUCAUACAAGGGCUCUCCGGCUGCAAGGCGGGCAUUUGUACCUCAGCUUCGAAGUGGGAAGUUUAAUGUUUUGCUCACUACAUAUGAAUAUAUCAUCAAAGAUAAGCACAUUCUUGCAAAGAUUCGUUGGAAGUACAUGAUUGUUGACGAAGGUCACCGAAUGAAGAACCACCAUUGCAAGCUAACCCAAGUCCUGAAUACACACUAUGUAGCUCCACGUCGUCUGCUUCUCACAGGGACUCCACUACAGAAUAAGCUGCCUGAACUAUGGGCUCUGCUCAACUUUCUCCUUCCAACUAUCUUCAAGAGCUGUAGCACAUUUGAACAGUGGUUUAAUGCUCCUUUUGCCAUGACUGGAGAAAAGGUGGAUUUAAAUGAAGAAGAAACGAUUCUGAUUAUCCGUCGUUUGCACAAAGUGUUGCGUCCCUUCCUGCUAAGAAGGUUAAAGAAGGAGGUAGAAGCACAGCUGCCUGAAAAGGUGGAAUAUGUGAUUAAGUGUGAUAUGUCUGCAUUACAAAGGGUACUUUAUAGACACAUGCAAGCCAAGGGAGUGCUGCUUACAGAUGGAUCAGAGAAGGACAAAAAGGGCAAAGGUGGUACAAAAACGCUCAUGAACACUAUUAUGCAGCUGAGGAAGAUUUGCAACCAUCCCUACAUGUUUCAGCACAUAGAGGAAUCCUUUUCUGAGCACUUGGGCUUCACUGGAGGCAUUGUGCAAGGGCUUGACCUGUACCGCGCUUCAGGGAAGUUUGAGCUCCUAGAUCGGAUUCUUCCCAAGUUACGAGCUACCAACCACAAGGUGCUGCUUUUUUGUCAGAUGACCUCCCUCAUGACCAUAAUGGAAGAUUAUUUUGCUUACCGUGGCUUCAAAUACCUCAGGCUAGAUGGAACCACUAAAGCGGAAGACCGUGGCAUGCUGCUGAAAACGUUCAAUGAGCCGGGCUCUGAAUAUUUUAUUUUUUUGCUGAGUACCCGAGCUGGAGGCCUGGGACUAAACCUACAGUCUGCUGACACUGUGAUCAUUUUUGACAGUGAUUGGAAUCCCCACCAGGACCUGCAGGCCCAGGACCGAGCACAUCGCAUCGGGCAGCAGAACGAAGUCCGUGUGCUGCGCCUUUGCACUGUGAACAGUGUGGAAGAGAAGAUCCUUGCUGCAGCCAAGUACAAGCUGAAUGUAGAUCAAAAGGUUAUCCAGGCUGGCAUGUUUGACCAGAAAUCUUCCAGCCAUGAAAGGAGAGCUUUUCUCCAGGCUAUCUUAGAGCAUGAGGAGCAGGAUGAGACCAGAUACAGCACGGGCAGCGGCAGUGGCAGCGCAAGCUUUCCCCACACUGCCUCAACCCUGUGCCUCAACUCCGACUUGGAGGAACCACCUUUAAAGGAGGAAGAUGAAGUUCCUGAUGAUGAGACAGUUAACCAGAUGAUUGCCCGGCACGAGGAGGAGUUUGACCUUUUUAUGCGCAUGGACUUGGAUCGCAGGCGAGAAGAAGCCCGCAAUCCAAAGAGAAAGCCACGUCUAAUGGAAGAGGAUGAAUUGCCCUCUUGGAUCAUUAAAGAUGAUGCUGAAGUAGAGAGGCUAACCUGCGAGGAAGAGGAAGAAAAGAUGUUUGGGCGAGGUUCUCGUCACCGUAAGGAAGUGGACUAUAGUGACUCGCUGACUGAGAAGCAGUGGCUCAAGGUAUACAUGGCCAUAGAGGAGGGAACGCUGGAGGAGAUAGAAGAGGAGGUGCGCCAGAAGAAAUCUUCCCGCAAGCGCAAGAGGGACGUGGACGUCAGCUCAUCCACGCCAACCACCAGCACUCGCAGCCGGGAUAAAGACGACGACAGCAAGAAGCAGAAGAAGCGUGGGAGGCCCCCGGCCGAGAAGCUUUCGCCAAAUCCACCCAACCUCACCAAGAAAAUGAAGAAGAUAGUUGAUGCUGUGAUUAAAUAUAAGGACAGCAGCAGUGGACGCCAGCUUAGUGAAGUCUUCAUCCAACUUCCUUCUCGCAAAGAGCUUCCAGAGUACUAUGAACUCAUCCGCAAACCAGUGGACUUCAAGAAAAUAAAGGAGCGCAUCCGGAACCACAAGUACCGCAGCCUGAAUGAUCUGGAGAAGGAUGUCAUGCUCCUGUGUCAGAACGCACAGACUUUCAACCUUGAAGGCUCUCUGAUUUACGAAGACUCGAUUGUGUUGCAGUCUGUCUUCACCAGUGUGAGGCAGAAAAUUGAAAAAGAGGAAGACAGUGAAGGUGAAGAGAGCGAAGAAGAGGAAGAAGGAGAAGAGGAAGGAUCUGAAUCUGAAUCUCGUUCUGUCAAAGUGAAGAUAAAACUGGGCAGGAAGGAGAAAGCACAAGACCGGAUGAAAGGACGCAGGCGCACCAGCCGUGGGUCACGGGCCAAACCUGUAGUUAGUGAUGAUGAUAGCGAGGAAGAGCAAGAAGAGGAUCGCUCAGGAAGUGGCACCGAAGAUGAUUAAAGAGACAUUCCAUGGUGCAGACCUCAAAGCAUCCGUCUUUCCAAAGCAGAGAUGCUGUAUUCCCUUAGCUGCAACGGGUAGCAAGAAACGUAGUGUCGGAUGUGGGCAAACUGUAUAAAACUCUUCCAUAUUUAUACUGCAGUGAAGAUGUAGGACUUGUUUGUGUCUUGCCUUGUCCUCACAUCAGUAGCAUUUGUAACAGCAUUAACUGUUUUAAAAAAGAAUUAUGAAUUGGGGAACACUUGAUAUAUAUUUUUUUUCUUUUUAUGGCAGUACUAUUUUCAGUUGCAGUAUUGAAUCACUGUAGUUUUAACCUGUGGGUGCAUGUGUGUAGCAGUCCACUUCCUAGUACUGUAUUUUAUGAAAACAGGUUGAGCAGCCAGCUGCCCACCAGGUGAGGAGAGGGUGGCAGUGGCAACUGUGUGUCACUGGAUUUCAAAACAGUAAUAAAUUAAGCAAAAAGUA